AUCAGAUCCGUCAUCACUGUCGUUUUCUGAUGUUGUGAACAUCUGGGAGCUCGGCGGCGGUAGGGCUCGGUCCCCGCACACGUUCAGCAGGAACCUGCAGCGCGUGCGGCAGACUCUCGAGCGCAGCGAGGCCUGUUUGUUUUGCUUCAUACCGAGGCCUAACUGCGAGGCUAAGCUAAUUAGCUAGCUGUCACUGUUAGCAGGAUUCCUGAAUGUAAAGUACUGGGGAAGGAAGGGAACGGUCGGAAGAUAUCUUUCCAGCCACACUCGAUAAAACGAUGAAGCUCCGAGCGACGUACAGCUAUUGAACAUAAAGCUAAUAUUCGCUGUGAAUGGCUGGGAAGUUGAUGAAGCCCGUGUAGCCUGUGCGGGUUCCCAGACAGACAUUGUGUGGUCCAGCUGCGCUCUCGUCCAGCUGCAAGAUGUGGCUGAAACUCUUCUUUUUGUUGCUGUAUUUCAUAGUGUUGUUUACAAUAGCGAGGAUUUUUGAGGCGGUAGUCUGGUAUGAGACAGGCAUGUUCGCAACUCAGCUGGUGGAUCCAGUUACUCUGAGCUAUAAGAAGUUAAAGACCAUCCUGGAGUGUCGGGGGCUGGGGUACUCUGGACUGGCCGAGAAGAAGGAUGUCAGCGAGCUGGUGGAGAAAUCAGGAGAGCUGACGCAGGGGGAGCUGUACUCAGCCAUCAAGAAAGAGUCGGAGCAGACAGAGGCAGGAGAUGCCAGCACUACACACUUCAGCGGGGAGAUGCACUUCUAUGAAUUAGUGGAGGACACUAAAGACGGGAUAUGGCUUGUUCAGGUCAUCGCUCAGGACCGUGACGCUCUGCUCAGCCAGUCCAACUGGGGGAAGAUGGUGCAGAAAGUGUCCCAGUUUGGGAUCAGAACUGGAACCUUCAACUGCUCUAAUGACUACAGCAGGUCAUGUAUCAAGCGUGGCUGGCAGCGCUCCACCCUCAUAAUGUCUGUUCCUCAGACCUCAGCGUCGAAGGGCAAAGUCAUGCUUAAAGAGUACAAUGGCCGCCGCAUCGAAACGGAACACAUCUUUCGAUGGAUGACCUCGCACGUGGCUCAUCGAGUCAAAACUCUGCGUCGUUCUGAGCAGUUGGUGGAGGAGUGGCGCCCUGACCCCACCCACCCGGUGAAGAUGUUCUUGUUCGCCCAUCUGUCCCAGCCGCCCGCCUUCUUCUCCUCACUGUCCGUCAAGUUCACCGGCAGGAUCGAGUUCAUCUUCGUGGAUGUGCGUCACUGGGACAACCACAGCAGCCUAUCAGAGAUCGGUGUGACACAGAGCCCCGCCUACAUUCUCAAGAUGCCAGAGGGCAUUUAUCGCUAUGGCAACAGUACUGGGGAGUUUCUGUCCCUGGCUGCCAUGGAUACGUUCCUGCGUUCAGUCCAGCCGGAGGUCAAUGACCUGUUUGUCCUCAGUCUGGUCCUGAUCAAUCUGCUGGCCUGGAUGGACCUCUUCAUUACACAGGGAGCAACAGUGAAACGAUUUGUAGUUCUGAUCCGAACACUUGGAACCUACAACUCCAUCCUGCUGGUGUCCUGGCUACCUGUUGUGGCCCUUCUCCAGCUGCCCUAUCUGGACACUCUGUAUGGGUACAGCCUGAAGCUGCUUCGUUAUGCUGACACCACUACACUGGCCAGCCUGGUGAGAGCUGACUGGACCUUCUACUCCUCCCACCCAGCUCUCUUCCUGUCCACCUACCUGGCCCACGGCCUGCUGGUCGACUACUUUGAGAAGAAACGCCGCUGUGGCAUCCGGAGCCAGGAGGACAGCACCACCAACCUGGAGUGGCUGGCCAGUCUGUGGGACUGGUAUACCUCCUACCUGCUCCACCCAAUCGCAUCACUGCAGCAGGUCCCAUCUGACCACUCAGACUGGGAGGACGACCCCAACUUCUUAUUUGAGCGCUUGGCGUUCCCUGAUCUCUGGCUUCGCCCGUUAGUUAACAUGGACUAUAUGAAAGCCUUGCCCACCUGGAGGUUCAGAGCGGUCCGUCAGGAAAGGGGGGAGGUGUCUGAUGAAAAGACAGAUAGCUCACAGUCGGACACAGAGAGCGGCGAGCUGAUGGAUUCCUGUCCUGCAGGUCCAAGGGAACCUCCACACAGCAGGCAAACACACAGGAGAUCACUGAGCAGCGAGGACAGAGAUACACAGCUCUCUAUGGACAACAACAUGGACCCCAGCUGCUGUCAGUGUGCUGCCGCUGCAUCAUCCUGCUGUCGUCAUGGGAAUGGGAGCUCACCAUCAGCUGACAGGGCACUGGAGGAUGGCUGCCUCCCACCUGAGGGCGUCUCGAACCAUCAGCGCUGCGACUGGUCGGCAUGGCCCUGUGACAUGCUGCAGUGCUCAGAGUGCGUGGUGUGUCUGGAGAACUUUGUGAGCGAGGAGUUGCUGAUGGGUCUCCCCUGCGGCCACGCCUUCCACCAGCAGUGCAUCGUGGUGUGGCUGGCAGCAGGCAGACACUGCUGCCCCGUCUGUCGCUGGCCAAGCUACAAGAAGAAACAGCAACGAGCUGCACAGAGCAGCUCAGCCGAACACACACUGCAGGACUGAGGACAUCUGAUGGAGCCCUUCCUCAUGUGUCCUCUCUAUUCUCACUGCUCAUUGGCUCAGAGAUCACUGAGCAAUGACACUGUGUGGUAUCAUCACAGCUUAGGACUGGGAAGGAAUGAAGGAAGAAACAUUGCCAGUUGGUGUGAUCAGGGCUGAUGGUGUCAUCAUUCAGCCUGCUGAAGGCAACAUGCUGGCCUUCAUGGCAGACAGAUGAAACUAUGAGAGCCCGUCACCAUGGUUACUCCAUAGACAGCAGGUGAUUGACCCAGUUACUAUUGGUGAAGUCACAGCAAACUUCGUAGUGCAAUAAAAGAUAUUUCUGGUUUUCUUUUUUUCCUCUUCCCAGUCUGUUCCCCCGUGAAACCAUCAGAGGAAGAAUUCUCUCACAUGGUUUGAUUUCAGGCUGGACAAGAAGCAACUUAUUAAGCUAACUGCAUCCAAACACACGUAAACUGUCUGCUCCAUCCUGUACCAUGACUGACUACAAAUGCAAACACCUCCAUGCUCUGUGUUUCUAUUGUUAUUAGAAUUUUGUGAAGAAUUGGGGGGAACUGGAUAGUCCUCUCUGUUGAACCCUUUCAUUGGCCAACAUAGAAAAGCUCAGCACAAUAACACUAUUCACUGAAUUAAUCAGGUGUGAAAUAUCACACUCUGCUUCCUCUGGUUCUAAAGGGAUUGACAUAACCCCACUGAUAACUCCUAAGAAUCUUCAUUUUUCACUUGAUUUAAGUAUUUAUUUGAUUAUCCAGACCAAAGGCAGUAUAUAAAGAUGGACGACAUGACAACUCCCCGAAUGUGAAGCCAAAACAUCUCGGAUUGCUCCCUGGUGACUGACUGCAGUGUACCCCGCCCCUUCCACGUCAGUGAAUCGGCAACAUGUUCUCAUCCCAUCAGUCACAUGUUGCCACUUUGCAGUGGACUUCCGUGUCUACAUAUCACGCUCCAGGUAUCUAUCUGCACCUGCUGCUGAUGUUUCAAUAUGCCACUACUGUGAUGUCAAAAGCACAUCGUGGGAUGAUGCUGCAUGUGGUUUUGUUAGGCAACAAAAGCACAUGGCAACCAAUAUCAGGACAUUAACAAAAGCCCAUGCUGACACGGAUGGUUAGGUUUAGACAAAAGAGGCACAUGGUAGAAAAAAAACAUCACAUUCAGAAGGGAAGGAAACACCACACUCCUGGAGGGGAUCAUGAAGACAUGACAGGUGCCGUCUGGCCGCAUUCUGAACCAACACCACACAUCAGCAUAUCACGAAGUAGUGAUAGGUGAUGUCCAGCCAUCCGCACAACAUAUAAUUACACUGCAAAAGCAUAUAUAUAUAUAUAUAUAUAUAUAUACAGAAAAAGUCAUACUAUUCUGCUGCAGAGCCAUGUACACUCAACUGGCAAUACGCAAGGAGUCUAUAGCCCAUUUUUAGUGUGUUAACCCAUGUUUGAAAAGCCCACAUGCACUGCUAAUUUUGGUGGAAAAGCAGUAUAUGAGGCGAGCAGGAACAUGUGGGCGGGGCCAGCAGGACAAACAGUAAUGUGUAUAUUUUGUGGGCCGCAUAUCACAGAAGUAAACCCGGUAGUGAAAAAACUUCUGGCAUAUGCGCUAGGCGAAUAACUCCAUUGAAAUGAAAAGGUGCCAUCUUUGGUCCGGUUGGUCUAAUGUUGUCCAUCUUUAUAUAUAGUCUAUAAUCCAGACAGAAUGCACUUAAUGUCUGUUUCCCGCCCCACCACUGUCACUGGUUUCUACCUUAUUUCUGCCUAAUCACAUCUCAGAGUUUGUCUCUAUCAUGAAUUUAAAAAUGAGCUGUGAUUUGUCCCUUAGUCCCAAACCUGUUCUUUAUAUUAGGAUACAGAGUAAUGCUUGGUGGUGGAAGGUCACGCUUUAUUUGCUCUGGGAAGAUGGAAUAUCUUUGUUACCCGUUGGAAAUUUUAACAUGAAACCCCCCUGAAGUCAAAUUUCUGACCUCAAAAUCCAAGAUAACUGCUCUGUGCAUCCAUCAACAGUGGUGAAAGCUGUAGUAAUAUAUGUUUUAUUAGCACUUGUCUUAUUUGUGUCUCAUUAAAAUAGUCAUACACGCA